AUGGGCCGGCUGACAUCCUAUUUUAUAGUUGGUGGUAAUGCGGUGUCUGCCUUUCUUUCCUGGAGACUACAGGCCACGCAUUCUUGCGAUGUGACGCUGGUAUGGAAGUCGAGCUUUGAGUCCGUCCAGCAGUACGGCAUCUCCUUUAAGUCGAAGUUAUUUGGCAACGAACGCUUCAAGCCUCGACACGUUGUCCGUACCCCGGAAGAAGGUGCCACCAUAUCAUCGUCGUUCGAUUAUGUGAUUCUCUGCGUCAAGGCUCUCCCAGAUGUCUACGAUCUCGCAGGUGUUAUCGAAUCAGUCGUCACUCCUCAACACACAUGCAUCCUGGUCAAUACAACUAGCACAAUAGGUAUAGAAGCCCAUCUGGAGCAGAGGUUCCCGAAGAAUGUUGUUCUUUCGUUAGUAUCUGCAGUUGAUAUUGUCCAAACUGGUGUGAGCGAGUUCGAACAUACAUCUUCAACCGAUUUGUGGGUGGGCCCGGCUUCGAAGAACGCCAUGAUUCCAACAGCUAUCCAGAAUGAUAUGGCUGCUGCGCUAGCAAUAACCCUAGGCACCGCUCAGGUGAAUUGCAAAGUAUCCGAAAAUAUACUUCAGCAGCAGUAUGACCGUAUGAUCGGUGUGCUUUUCGAGACCCCAAACCAUAGCCAACUCCUGGAGAAGGUUGGGCUGCGUCAAAUGGUCUCUGAUGUUCUUGAUGAGUUGAUUACGCUUGCCAAGGCCCAGGGAUGCAGUUUUGCGGAUGACUUUAAAGAAAAGACCAUCCAGGCAAUGACAGCCCCGACAGAGAACCCGAGCGUCAUGUAUCAGGAUUUCCAGGCCAGGCGGCCCAUGGAAAUUGAAACAUACCUUGGAACCCCUGUCAAAAUGGCUACGGAGAAUGGAGUGAAGACCCCUCGCAUCGAGACGUUGUACGCGAUGAUGCAUCAUAUUAAUACUACCAACCAAAACCGUCAGCCCCCAACAGAACCCUCGUCACCCGUUGCUGCACACCCGCCUCGAGUUUCGUCGGCUCCGUCGAGACCGCCAAUGAAUGGCGCCUCUCGAGGCGGAGGGAAUUACCGUGGACAACCACCGCCACCACGUCGAGGGCCAUCCUCGAUGGGCAACAAUCCGAGGCCGUUACCUCCUCAAGCAAACGGCCACGGCCCUCGCGGUCCUAAGCAAGGUCUUCCCCGUGAUCUUUCUUAUGAGGACCCGGCGCUUGACGAAUUCAGCCAUCUUGUGCUAUACGAAGAUGGUCAGGACGAUACCCAGUCCCAGCACGGCGGAUAUAAUGGCAAUAUGAAUGGGAAUGGGGGGCCAUCACCAAAUGAGCUGGCCCUGAAGGAACGUGAGCUGAUGCUUCGUCAACGCGAAAUAGCACUAAGAGAGCAAGAGAUGCAAAUGAGGCGUCGUGGUGGUGGGAGGGCCCCGUCGGCGCGUGGCUUUGACGAUGAUGACGAUGAUGGCUAUGACUUGCCAGACCACCGCAGUCCACCCAUACCUCAAAUUGAUCCAGAUAACUUUGACAUGAUGAGUGUAACUUCUCGAAGAAAUAGGAAAACCCCAACAGCUCCAGCAAAAGAAUUCCGGAAGAAUCCCGAGAUAAACAACUCUCGUCCUCCCUCUGUUUUCAGCCGACACUUUGGUGCUGGCAGACAUCGUGCUAGUGCGAGAAUAGUAGAGGAGAUACCGGGCAUGCACGACUCGCUCUUGGACAACCCUAUGAUGAGCUACUCAUCUAACCGAUACGGUAAUGUCGACCGGAGAGAAAUGCAUAACGAAUCAAGAGCGAAUUCUUUAACUGCUUCUCGUAUGGGCGAGAUGGGACAUGGCCCUUACCCUCCAAGCCGGAGAACCAGUCAGUCCCCUGGCCACCCUCCUCUCCCAAAUGGUCGGAUGGGUCGCUCAGCUACCGGCCAUGACAGCGGUCAGAUGCCACCUCCGCCAGCAAACGGAAUGGGGCACAGUGGAAGGCCAUCGCCCCCAGGAAUAAUGAAAGCCCCUGUACCAAGGCAUCCGCCUGGUCAAGGCAAUGCUAUAAUGCCGCAUCAGGUCGAGCAACAUGUCGGGGUGAGCAACCAUCCGUAUCCCCCCAAAGGUCUUCCAAACGUUCGAAGUCUGACGGGCAGUGCGAGUGCCAGCGCGGAGAGUGGUGAUAGUGGUGCCAGUGCGCAUAUAGAUUCGGAGAAUUCCGCCUAUAGUAGCCAGAGCAGCCUUGACCCCGUUCAUCGCGGACAUGUAGUCCGAUAA